ACGCAAAGCGCGUGCUGGGAGAGCCGAGGCGUAGGGCUGAGAGCAGCGCAAGCGCCGGAGAUCAGCAGGGCAUCACUCGUCACAACAUCCAGCUUCUCAUCCGCCCUCUCUCUCUCUCCAUUUUGUCGCGAUUUUUUCGUUUUUACAGUUGGACUCUGACUCGUAGGGAGUGUUAGGACCAGAGUUAGGCAGCGAGGCUUUUGUUAGCCCUAGUUGGGGGGGAACAGUUGCUGUUGCCCCUCAGUGGGGGAGCGGGUUGUCAUAUUUCGGUUAUUUGGGAGGCAAACCCGUAGUCUCACCGCGUAGUCGUUAAAAAAUCGAUUUGAGGUGUUGCUGCUUGAUUUUGGUUCUGGUUAGACCAGAUUAACGUUACCUCGGAUUUAAAAAAAAUAAAACAGUGCCGCGGCUCUUUGUGUAGCUUCAGCUUCGUGUCUCUGUUGCAAGCUAACGAAGUUCCGCACUCCGAGCUCCAAAACAUGUGCUCCCGAGUGUGGUUUGUCACAGACCGGCGGAUCUGCCAGGAGUACCCGCAGGUCCAGAUCCUGCGAGCUCUGAAGGAGCGCUGCGCCGAGGACGAUGUUGAAUUCCGCUAUCUUCUCAUGGAUGAGAUCGUCUUGACCAUCACGGAUGGACAGCUCGGUCUGCGGGUUGGGCAGGAAAUCGUUACCUCAUACCCGCAAGUUGCCGUGGUGCGCGUUCCAACCCCAUGGGUCCAGUCGGACAGUGACAUCACCGUUCUGCGUCACCUGGAGAAGAUGGGCUGUCGUCUGGUCAACCGGCCUCAGGCCAUCCUCAACUGUGUCAACAAGUUCUGGACCUUCCAAGAGCUCGCCGGGCAUGGAGUGCCUCUGCCAGACACGUACUCCUACGGAGGACACGAUAACUUCCGCAAGAUGAUCGAUGAAGCCGAGCCACUGGGUUACCCUGUGGUGGUGAAGAACGCUCGUGGACACCGAGGUAAAGCAGUGUUCCUGGCCCGGGACAAGCAGCACCUCUCAGACCUGUGUCAUCUGAUUCGCCAUGACGCCCCAUACCUGUUUCAGGAGUAUGUGAAGGAGAGUCAUGGACGGGAUGUGCGAGUGGUUCUAGUCGGAGGGAGAGUGAUCGGCUCUAUGCUGCGCUGCUCUACCGACGGACGCAUGCAGAGCAACUGCUCACUUGGUGGAGUGGGAAUGAUGUGCCCACUCAGUGAGCAGGGGAAACAGCUGGCAGUGCAGGUGUGCAAUAUUUUGGGGAUGGAUGUUUGUGGAAUUGACCUGCUGCAGCUAAACGAUGGUUCCUUCGUGGUGUGCGAGGCCAAUGCUAACGUGGGCUUCAUAGCAUUCGACCAGGCUUGCGGGAUGGACGUGGCGGGCAUCGUGGCCGACUACGCCCUCUCCCUCCUGCCAAGCCGCCUUAGCAGGAAGAUGUCGCUGCUCUCCGUGGUCUCCAGCACCAGCGAGACCAGCAGCGAGACUGAGGUCUGUAUCCCGACCGAGGUGAUAAUACCCUCAGAGGUGUGUAUUCCCAAUGAGAUCUGCCCGCCUGGCACUACCGGCGUCUCUGCCAUGAGCACAAGCUCCACCUCCAGCGAGAGCGAGGCGGAUCUAACCGAAACAGGCCCCGCUCCUGUCACCGCAGAUCCCACCUACAAUAUCAACUCCCUUCUCGCGAGUGAGAUAAAACUGUUGACUGAGUGAGCUGGAAUUACAGCCACAAACACACACACACACACACACACAUAGAUAUACACAAACAUCAAAGAGCGACACAUACUGAAGUGGACAUUAUACAUUCAGAUGCACACGUGUAAUCAUACUAACCCUCCCUGUAAACCCCCAUCUGAGGCUGCUCCCCUGAUGUUUCAUCUCCAUUCACAGACUAUAGAAUUAUACAGGCAUACAGUGCAGUUGGAAGUGCACUAGAUGGUGUACACUCCUGCCUGGCUGUAGUGCACCAGCUGAAUAUGCGUUUGCCACUGUAAUUUGAGGGUGCAUGCACUGUAGAGUGGUUUUACCAGGACAUGAUUCCCAAAUUUAACCUUUCAGCUACCAUCAACUGGAUUCUGAUAAACAUACCGUGGGUUAGGGUACACACAUACUUACAUACACAUGAGGACAUAUUAAAGUCUGUAUUAUAGAGAGAGAAUGAAUGAAUUUUGUCUGUUACAAACUUUGUGGCAAGGCCUGGCUGAAGGUAUAAUGCAUUGAAUGUGUGGGGCGAGAAAGAGGAAACCAAAAUGGACCCAAAUUUCAACUGCCCACCAGGAUACAAAGGCACAUUCCUCCCUGCCCUCAAAAAGCCCACAUAGACAGACCCAUAGAGGGUCAGCAAGAACAAAAACUGGAAAGCUGUGAAUAUUCUCAUCCAUCCCAUCUCUUUUAAAAAGAAUGAAUGAGUUGUUUUAGUCUGUUGCUGUGGCUGCCUGUAGUAAAUGAAUUACUGCUGAUCAGACAAGCGUAAAGGUUUCAUUUGCUUUGCUGGUGUCUGUAAAACUGAAUGACUGAUGUGGGACCCAUUUUGAAUUACCUUCCGUAAUGUGUAAGUGAGGAUUUGGCCCAUAGGAACUUUAUUCUCACAGGCAUCUUCUGUCAGGUAAUUCUGCCAUUUUAAAAGUCCCCCAUUUUAAACUUUCGGAUCAAUAGUAUGGAAGAUAUUGUGAACGGAAAAACUUGCUGAGCUUCUUUUUCCAAUGUCUACUACGCAAAUCUGCUAAUGACCACUUGCCAUUCUGCAUGUCUGCCACCCCAAAGGAAAUUUCCCACACAUUAGAGUCUAAACAGUGAGUUGCAUAGAAAUAGAGCAAAUAGACUUUUAAAUACUAAUGUUUUUACCACAAGGGGCUGAACGAUUUGCCAACACUAAGCGCUGACGAUGAAUAAGCUAUUUGUCUUCAACGAUUUUUUGUAUUGCAACAAUAAAACUGAAAUGUCAACUCAAAUGGGUGCUACAUCUGCUCUUAAUUCAGCCCAGUGGUCUAAAAGCCAAUGAUUACCUGAAAGAGAACCAGGAACUGUAUUGACUUGAGCUAAAUUGACAUCUAUUUGUUGUACUCUAGUAAUAGCACACAUUUCUCAUAAGUCUAAUUCUUCUAUUUAAACGUAAGCAACUCUAUUCAUGUCCCUUUUUCUAUCUGGAUUUCUCAAAAUCCACAAAUUCUUAACUUCAGCAUAUUUGCAUGUAAUGAAAUUCACAUCGAGUCUUAAAGAUUCCAUACAGCAAACCUAAAGUGGACCAAGCUCACAAUCCAUACCAGCUCAGAAUGGUUUACAGUGAUAGACGUCAUAGUUUAGAUUAAUUAAACGUGAGUCCGGACUUUAGAUGAAAAGUCAUUUACAUUAAGACUCAGUAUAGAUUUGAGAUUUAGUGUCAACUCAGGGAAGCAGCCUUGAUCAGAUUCCUCUCCUUGGAAACAUGUGACACAUUCAUGCUAGACAGUCCUGCCUAUGUGUAUCAAUAAACAAAAGGACAAAGCAUUAUAAAAUAUUAAGAAACAGAUGCUGUGAGACCUGAUGGUUACAUGCAAUCUUUUCUUUUUUUGUUUUAUAAUAUUUAGUGUUCUAUUGUCUUUUGUUUUCCUAAUUUAUAAUUUUUUUUUGUUUCUUUUUUUGAGAAAAAAAGAAAAACCUGUUUAUAAGCGCUAAUCUUGCUUGGGAAAGACGUGACAAAGGGUUUUGGUGUGAGUUGGACUGAACAGCCAUUGACCACCUGAGAUGUGCGCGCACACACACACUAUUCUCACAUCUCCCUCUCAAGCGUUGUGAUUUGCUGUCUUAUGUGUGAUGUGUUCCAUCAUUCCAUGCAACCAGAGACUUGCACCCUCCACCUCUUCCCACACAAGAACAAGUGUCCCUGUAAACUCUACACUUUUUGGUGUUUGCGAUAACAUACCAUAUGGUUGUCAAACUCUUUCAAGCUCUGCCUCCACUUCCUAGGAAAAAAACAGGAAGUAUUUUCUAACGCUUAAUAAAAUGCAAAUUCAGAAUGGAGAGGUCAAACUCCCAUGACUUGCAUCUGAACUGAGAGCUACAAUAGCAUCAGAUUUUUCUCUUGUCAAUAUGAAGGUAUGCUGAAUUGGAUUGUUAAGGUACCACUAUACCCCUCCAACUUGAGUUGGCAAUUAACUAGCGUCGCCUAACUAAAGAUGAAAAACAACAGUUGCUGCUAAUGAACACUUAGCUCUCUGUUAUGGAAAAGGGAAAUGUUUUGAAUACUCCAUGUUCAUUUCAUUGCCUCUUGUUUUUUUUUUUUAGUGGGAACCUAAAUGCCAAAAAACCAAGCAAUGUUGUAUAAUUUAAAACAAGAAAUAACUAGUGAUAGAACGCUAACGUUGAUGUUAUGUGUUAUUACGUAAUAAUACCAAUAAAGACAUUUUAAAAAUGUCCAGAAUGUGAA